CGCCGGCCUGCCGCCCCGUGGCUCCUCCGGCUGUGUGGGUGGCAGCGCCGGCCGGCAGGCGCCGCUUCUGCGCCUGACAGCCUGAUGGGAAGCGGCUGCUUCCGCUGAAUCCCGCCAGCUACGCUACUGGCUUCCAUGACAGGAUUCCCCAUGACAGGCGCAGGCAUCCCAGAACUAACUUAUCUACGACUGGUGAAUGGACCGAGUCACUGCGCUGGAAGAGUCGAGCUGCUUCACAACCAGCUGUGGGGAACCGUGUGUGAUGACUUCUGGGAUUUAGAUGAGGCCAGAGUCGUGUGCAGGCAGCUGGGCUGUGGGACGGCGUUAUCAGCCCCACGUGGGUCUCGUUAUGGACAAGGAACUGACCGUAUGUGGCUGGAUGAGGUUUACUGCACAGGGAGAGAAGCUGUCCUCUCUAACUGCUGGGCUCCGCCUUGGGGAGAGCGUAACUGUACCAGCAGAAAAGAUGCCGGUGUUGUGUGCUCAGGCUCCAACAUCUCAGAAGUGGCUGAGCUCCGACUAGUGAAUGGUUCAAGUCACUGCACUGGGAGAGUCGAGGUGUUUCACAACCUGCAGUGGGGAACCGUGUGUGAUGACAGCUGGGACUUACAGGAUGCUGGAGUUGUGUGCAGGCAGCUGGGCUGUGGGACGGCACUAUCAACCCCAGCCAUUUCAGAGCAGAUUCCGCUCCGACUGGUGAAUGGCCCGAGUCACUGCGCUGGGAGAGUCGAGGUGCUUCUCAACGAGCAGUGGGGACCCGUGUGUGAUGAUGGCUGGGACGUAACUGAUGCUGGAGUCGUGUGCAGGCAGCUGGGCUGUGGGACGGCGUUAUCAGCCCCAGGAGGGGCUCGAUUUGGGCAAGGAUCGGGGAAUAUCUGGCUGGAUGAUGUCAGCUGCACAGGGACAGAAGCUGCCCUCUCCGAUUGCUGGGCUCAGCCUUGGGGAACCUAUAACUGUAAGCCUGGAGAAGAAGCUGGUGUUGUGUGCUCAGAUGCAACCAUUCUAAAGCAGUUUCCUCUCCGACUGAUGAAUGGUCCGAGUCGCUGUGCUGGGAGAGUCGAGGUGCUUCUCAACGAGCAGUGGGGAACCGUGUGUGAUGACAACUGGGACAUAAGUGAUGCUGGAGUCGUGUGCAGGCAGCUGGAAUGUGGAGUGCCAUUAUCAGCCCCAGGAAGGGCUCGAUUUGGGCAAGGAUCAGGGAAUAUCUGGCUGGAUGACAUCAGCUGCGCAGGGACAGAAGCUGCUCUCUCCGAUUGCAAAGUUCGGCUUUGGGGAGACAGUAACUGUACCCACGGAGAAGAAGCUGGUGUUGUGUGCUCAGAUCAGGGCCCGCUGAGGCUGCGGCUGACGAAUGGCUCAAACUCCUGCUCCGGGCGAGUGGAGGUGCUGAUUAACACCACCUGGGGUGCUGUGUGUGACGCUGGCUGGGGCCUGCCGGAGGCAGGGGUGUUGUGCAAGCAGCUGGGCUGCGGCACGGUGCAGUCAGCCCUGGGAGUUCAGUUUGGUCAAGGGGCCGGUGACAUCUGGCUGGACAGCGUGAGAUGCUCAGGCCAGGAGUCUCUCAUCAGUGAGUGCCUGCUGAGCCAGCUGGAUCCCGGGCAGUGUGGCCGUGGCUACAAGGCCAGCGUGGUGUGUGCCAGGCAGGCUGGCCUCGAGAUACUCUACUAUGUGCUUAUCGGCCUGGGUGCCCUCGUGGUGCUGAUCUGUGGGGCCCUGCUCUGCUGGAGGAUGCGUCGGAACAGAGCCUCUGGGAACUCCCUGGGCCACGUGAACAUGGAGGAGCUGGGGGCUCCAGGGACCCGUCUCCAGCCCCAGGGUGGGGCAAAUCCAGAGCCCCCCAGGGAGCCCAACAGCGAGAUCACCCGGCUGGUGAAGGAAAACCCGGUGCUGUGAGAGCCGCAUGCCGGCUGGGCUCAGCCUGCAGUGAGACGGGCCGGUGGGAUCCUGCGCAGAGCAGCUCCAGGGCUGCCAGGUCCUGGGCUGUGGGAACUCUGCUGGGGCUCGUCCGGGGGCUGGGGCUGCUGGCUGGAGGUCUCAGCUCCCCCAUUACCAUCCCCAACUGCCUUGGAAGCCUCCUCUGUUCCAUCCCCCACCCCCCAAAGCUUUCCCUGGUGCAGGGCCCACGCCCAUCCCUGAGCAGCCUGUGCCCAGCCAUGCAGACAGCAGGUGGUGCGCCCGGCAGAACCAUUGUCAGGUGCACAGAGACAGCCGGCUCCUUCCCCACCCAGCGACCAUCCCAACAUUUAAAUGAGCUAUGGGGAGAGACUGACUAUGGGUGUCUGUCUGUGCCCAGUGUGCCAGGCCCUGUCUGUCUGCUUGUGCCUGAUGCCCCCUGAGCUCGGGGCACCAGGCCCAUCUCUCAGUGCAGCAGCCGGCCAGGCCCCCAGUAAAUGAUCGUUACUGUUUCUAGUAUGUAGAUAAGGUGCAGAACUAAGUGCAGCUGCAUGAUGGUGCCUUGUUUAUUGGAAAGGAAUGGGCCAGGUUACAGAUACAGAGAGCUCCUCUCUAACCUUCCCACCGCCACCCUGUCCUUGUGCUGCAUAAACACCCGGCAGUGAUAUUACACAGCUAGACACGGGGACAGCAGCUGUGUCCAGGCACCAGCCCUGUUGUGCAUUUCACUGCAAUGUGCAGAUCAGCCUAAAUCAUCAUGAUGGUCCCUUCUGGCCUUAACGUCCAUAGCUCGAUGGAAUUGUGUGUAUAAUGAUAAUGUAGCACUAUCAGCAAGUCAUCCUCUUCCUUCACUGGGGGGUGAAAUUAGCAGAGCCCUGCGUGGAUAGAACAUUUGUAUCCGCAUCUGAGCCACAACCCGCAAAAAUGAUCCAUGGCUCUCGGUGGCUAUAAAGCAGAUAUCCGUGAGCGUGCAGGCUCUAGAAAUUAGGUACGUCCGGCUUUCCACAAGAGGCCUGUUCAAGCGGCUCUGCCUCUUUUAGACAACACUUGUGAGACACUUAGCGGACGCAUCAAUAGUCCAUUGGCCUCUGCCUAGGUAGAGUGACCAUAGUUCAGGUUCCCCCAAGGAGGACACUAUUGUGGGGGGAAGGGGGGAUCUGGGGGGAAGAGGAAGGAGUACCUGGGGGGUGCUGGGGGGAUGUUUGGGGGGUACUGGAGGGGUGCGUGUGUACUGGGAGGGGUACCUGGGGGAAUGGUGGAGGGGGGUACUGCAGCCUCACUCUUGAGCCCCCGCCCUCUCGCAGCCCCUUCCCCUUGAACUCCAUCCCUCGCACUGCCCCUUCCCCCAGAGCCCCUCUUCUUGUUCUGCCCCGUCCCCUGAGCCCCCUGCCCUCCUGCCAUGCCUUCUCCCUGAGCCCCCGCCCUUGCUCCGCCCCUUCCCCAUAAACUUAAAAAGCAAACUAACAUUGUUCUUUAAAGAGCAACAAAGAGUCCUG